AUGGAACGAUUUGGAGUGAAGUCCGCUCCAUCACGUAACCGCUCGAAGACUGCUUUGUACGUAACUCCUCAGGAUCGUGUAACUGAGUUUGGCAGCGAGCUGCACGAAGAUGGAGGAAAACUCUUCUGUACUUCCUGCAAUGUGGUUCUGAAUCACGUUCGCAAGUCUGCGAUCAAUGACCACCUCAAGUCUAAAACACACACAAAGCGAAAGGCGGAGUUUGAAGAACAGAACGUCAGGAAGAAGCAAAGGACUCUGACUGCCUCCCUUCAGUGCAACAGUACUGCCCAGACAGAGAAAACCAGCGUCAUCCAGGACUUCGUCAAAAUGUGCCUGGAAGCUAAUAUUCCACUUGAGAAGGCUGAUCAUCCUUCUGUGCGAGCCUUCCUCUCCCGCUACGUCAAGAAUGGCAGUUCGAUACCUAAGGCAGACCAACUAAGGAAAGCAUACCUGCCUGAUGGGUAUGACAAUGAGAACCAACUCAUCAACACUGAAGAUCGUUGAGAAGAAAACUGUUUUCGUCAUUGUUGUGAAGUUUUACAUAUUGAUGGUGUGGUUUAUUUUUAUAUUCAUGCAUAUAUACAGUGUUACAUAUUGGUUUUACAAGCUAUUUUGUAUUAUUGUAGAAAUGACAAUCUAUUUGUGAACUCAGUGGUAUGCCACAGACUGUUGCUACCCUGCCGUAGACUUCAGAGCUACAUGGAUGUAGAACUCCUGAUGAAUGCAGGGAACAUACCUGGCGUACCCCUUAUCUAUGUUCAGUCCAGCUGUAACUGAUGCUAAGAAAAAGGCACUUGGAUGGAGAACCUCGCUUACCUAAACUGUGCAUCUAAAUAUACGAGGAAGAUGAUGCGAUAGGGAUUGUUAAAUCAUGUCAGUGGAUUGCUUUGUCCAAUAUCCUGUCCGUGAGUGACCAAGAAGAAGUACUGCACAUUUGAAAUACGAGAAGCUGUAGAGUGGUCGGUUAAAAUAUAACUGCUCUGUUAGGGGAAGAUUGUUGCAAAUUCCUAUUCGAGUUGGGAUUAUGUUCUAAAACAGGAAACAUUUUUCUUCUGGCAUACUCU